CUCAAAGGUAAGGCAGGCAAGCAGAGUCUUGUAAUCUCAGACGGCAAUGGCUCGUCUCUUCCUCCGCCUCUUCUUCCUCUCCCUCCUCGCCGUGGCAAUCGCUGCGGUGGACGAAGAUCCGAUGAUACGGCAGGUUGUGGACGAAACAACCGCCGUUGACGCCGAGGACGAGCUGAUUCUGAACGCUGAGGCUCACUUCUCAAACUUCCUCCGUAACCACGGGAAGAAGUACUCGGACGCCGAGGAGCAUGCCUACCGUUUUGAGGUAUUCAAAUCCAAUCUCAAGAUGGCUGGGAGGCACCAGAAGCUCGACCCCUCUGCUGUAUAUGGUGUUACCAAGUUCUCUGACCUAACGCCGGCGGAGUUUCAACGGCAGUAUCUUGGGAUUCGGAAAACCCGUCGAUCUUUGAAGUCUAUUCAUGAUGCUCCGCUUCUGCCAACGAGCGAUCUUCCCGCGGAUUUUGACUGGAGGGAUCAUGGUGCCGUAACGGGGGUGAAGGAUCAGGGAUCUUGUGGAUCUUGCUGGUCGUUCAGUGCUGUCGGGGCGAUGGAAGGGGCGAACUUUUUGUCCACUGGUAAUCUUGUGAGUCUGAGCGAGCAGCAGAUGGUCGACUGUGACCACAUGUGUGAUGCAUCUGAGCCUGAUGCGUGUGAUUCGGGAUGCAACGGUGGAUUGAUGACAACUGCUUUUGAGUACGCGCUCAAAUCAGGUGGGCUCGAGACAGAGAAAGACUACCCAUAUACUGGAACUGACCAAGGUGGCUGCAAGUUUAGGGAGGAGAAGAUUGCAGCUUCUGUUGCUAACUUCAGUGUUGUCUCGCUUGAUGAAGAUCAAAUUACUGCAAACCUUGUGAAGCAUGGUCCUCUUGCAGUGGCUAUCAAUGCGUUAUACAUGCAGUUCUACAUCAGUGGCGUGUCUUGCCCUUACAUUUGCAGUAAGAAUCAAGAUCAUGGUGUGCUGUUGGUGGGCUAUGGCUCUGCAGGCUAUGCUCCGAUUCGCUUGAAGAACAAGCCAUACUGGAUCAUAAAGAACUCCUGGGGCGAGAACUGGGGCGAGAAUGGCUACUACAAGGUCUGCAAGGGUCAUAACAUCUGCGGUGUCGAGGCCGAGGUCUCUACCGUCACUGUCACCAACACUGCACAUCGGCCUUAAGGUGUGCAGCAGUAUAUCUGGAUUGUUUAGGGUUUGUAUACUUCUGUAAACGAAUUCAUAUGGAAGCAACAGAUAAAUACUCUUAAAAGUCUGUAUUCAGUUAGCCUUAAUCUAUAUGUGAAUACUUGCAUAUGCUUCUUUACUUUUC